UGCUCCUGUUCUUAGGCAGAUUAAUAGGCACCUGAGCGGACAAAUAACAGUACUACAUCUUCUUCACACCCUUUUGACAGACCUUUGAGAUUGCAAAAUAUUUUUGGAAAACUAUUGUUGGGGAAAAAAAAGAUUCCUGCCGGAUCAGACGAGGGCAAUUUUUCAGGCUGGAACAAACCAGCACUCACAUGAACACAUUAGCAGCUCAUACCUAAAUGCUGAUGGGACAUUUUUUAGAAUGUGAUAAGUGUGAAAUAACCUGUAGUUUUAUCAGUCUUGGUUGCUGCCUACUCCUUCUAAAAAAAGGUUGAUUGUCAUCAUUAAGUUGCAGGUUUCAGAGGCUGCCUAGUCGAUCCGUUCGCUCUGUUGUCUGGGAAUAAAGAAGUGUCCCAGAUCAUGGCUCCCUGGCCUGAGGUGGAAAAGCCUGAAACUAAUAACUAUAUUGGGGACUCUUCCAAACAAAACCAGAAUAUGUCUGGGAAAGAAGGAGAAAAUCACAAAGGCAACGUGGCUUCACUUGGAAAUAAAGGGGAAAUUCAACCUGCGUUUUCCACGAUAGCCUUGAUAGAUGAGACGAGGCCAGAAGAAGAGGACCCAUGGGCUCUGCCAGAACUACAGGAUACUGGGGUCAAGUGGUCAGAACUGGAUACAAAAGGAAAAGUCAUUCGUGUGCUCUAUGGGAUAGGGAAGUUUAUUAUGCUACUUGGAUUACUCUACAUGUUCGUGUGUUCUCUGGAUGUACUGAGCUCUGCUUUUCAGCUGGUAGGAGGUAAAGCAGCAGGGGACAUUUUUAAAGACGAUUCAGUGCUGUCUAAUCCUGUUGCGGGACUGGUGAUUGGAGUUUUGGUGACCGUUAUGGUCCAGAGCUCCAGCACUUCUUCAUCCAUUGUGGUCAGCAUGGUGUCUUCCACAUUGCUGACUGUUAAAGCAGCUAUUCCUAUCAUUAUGGGGGCAAACAUUGGCACCUCAGUUACAAACACGAUUGUGGCACUUAUGCAAGCUGGGGACAGGAAUGAAUUUAGAAGGGCCUUUGCUGGGGCAACAAUACAUGAUUUCUUUAACUGGCUUGCUGUGUUUGCACUGUUGCCUGUUGAAGUUAUUACUGGCUAUCUUUACCAUCUCACCAAUGUUAUAGUUGACUCCUUUCAACUUGAAAGUGGUGAGGAUGCCCCCGAGCUACUGAAAGUUAUCACAGAUCCCUUUACAAAGCUCAUCAUUGAGCUUGAUAAAUCAGUAAUAAAUGCUAUUGCUACAAACGAUGAAUCUGCAAAAAACAAAAGCCUGGUACAGAUUUGGUGUGUAACUGAGACCAAUGUGACACUGCAGAAUGUCACAAUUCCACCUUCAGAAAACUGUACAUCUUCUGACCUUUGUUGGGUUGAAGGAAAUACGACAUGGACCCUCAAGAACAUAACUGAAACAGAAUACAUCAGUAAAUGCCAGCAUCUCUUUGCAAACUCAGACCUGCCUGAUCUUGGCAUUGGUCUCAUCCUUCUGGCUUUGUCCCUGCUUGUUCUAUGCUCCUGUUUGGUGAUGAUCGUUAAGCUGUUAAACUCUGUGCUUAAAGGACAAGUGGCCAGCAUUAUCAAGAAGACCAUCAACACUGAUUUCCCGUUCCCUUUCACUUGGCUGGCUGGAUACCUGGCUAUGCUCGCAGGGGCUGGUAUGACUUUUGUUGUCCAAAGCAGUUCUGUGUUCACAUCUGCUAUUACACCUCUUGUUGGCAUUGGUGUUAUAAGCAUUGACCGCUCAUAUCCCCUCACCUUAGGAGCUAACAUUGGCACAACCACAACAGCUAUACUUGCAGCUUUAGCAAGUCCUGGGAGUACAUUAAAAUAUUCAUUACAGAUUGCCUUGUGCCACUUUUUCUUCAAUGUGUCGGGGAUUAUUCUGUUUUACCCUCUACCUAUUACUCGGCUGCCAAUCCGCAUGAGUAAGACCUUGGGAAACAUAACAGCACAGUACAGAUGGUUUGCUAUAUUUUAUCUUCUUGUCUGCUUCUUUCUUUUGCCUUUGUUUGUAUUUGGUCUGUCACUGGCAGGCUGGCCAGUCCUCUUGGGUGUUUGCCUUCCCCUGUUUGCUCUUUUUAUGGCUAUGGUUGUAAUUAAUAUCAUGCAGAAGAGGCGACCGCAUUCACUGCCUGAGAAGCUCCAAAACUGGGAUUUCCUACCCAUCUGGUUGCACUCCCUAGAGCCCUGGGACAAUAUACUCAUGGCUUCACUCUCCUUUUGUGGGAAACACUGCUGCGGCUUCUGCAAGUGCUGCAAAGUCAAUGCAGAACAGGAGGGUGCCAAAGACAACCAACUAAAAACCAUGGAGGUUUAUGAGAACACCGUUGCGAUGGCUGAUGAAGAAAGAGGUGGAAGAAGGGCACCAGCUGCAGCUUGUGUUGAAAAAACAGGCACAAACAAUACAGCCUUAUAGUAGUGGAUCAACCCAUGUUAGCAGAGAUGCAGCGUAGGACAGUCAGGCUCUUGAAAACCACCUUGGACAAUGCACUGAGGACAGAGUGAACAUUUUAUUAGCUUUCUUCAGCCAGUGAUACAUCACUCAUCAAGGAAUGGAGUCAAACAAGCUUGACAGAGUCCCUAGAAAAUCUAUGAUCAGUUGAAAAGCUAAUGACAGAUUUGCUUACAGAGGAUCCACUAUGCAGUACCUUCAUCCAAUGCUAUCAGUAGCAAACAAAAGAAAUCCUGAUGAAGUCCCAUGAAGAGAGGGAUGAAAGGAGCGGUGAUCGAUUCAAACAUAUUUAAAACACAAACAAACAAACAAUGUAUUUGUAGAACAGCCUGUAGAACAGCCUUUCUGACCUACUGGCUUAUUCAGCAAAAGUUACUUUAUAAUAGCUAAAAAAUCUCUAGAAAUGGGGGGGAAAAAAAGAAAAAAGUUUUCAUUGGCCUGUUUGCAGUGGUCAAAAUGGAAAAUAGUAGUUUUCUCAGUAUGGACAAAAUCUAUUCUAUAUAUGUGAAGGAAAACAGAAUGCUGGGAUAGCCUUCAAAAGCUCUAGCAGUCCUACUCUGGCAUAAGGGUGUGCAUAAGCGGAUUCUGAGAACUCUCCAUCUCUUUCAACACCAGAGACAGGAGUUAUAAUGUCUUCUUAUCUCAUAAAGGCCAUAAAAGUAACUGCUGAUCCUUCAGCCUGUUGAAGCUUAAGCACUGUGUUUGGAGACACUGGGUGGCUAUCAAAGGGCUUGAUGGACUCAGGAUAUGGUUCUGUGGCCACUUCUCUCUCUAGGUGAUCCUUUCCAAUCCCAUUUACCAUGUGAUUCCCAGAGAAAUGAUGCAGGAGGGAGGCCAGUGUAGGGGGAGAAACAGCCACUGAAGCCUGGGCUGACAACAAGAUAUCUGUGUGCAAUGGUGUCUCCAUCAGGCUGAGCCACCAAAUGACUUUUCAGAGUAGUGUUGAGCUACAAAAGAGGGAACCUGGAGAGGUGAGUUUACUGAAGAGCAAGGAGAACUCAGUCUGCACCAUAACUUUGUGCUCAGAACCACUCUCCUUGGCAAUUGUGUGUAGCAAACCAAAAUCCAAAUCAAAUCCAAAAGCAGUGUAGUCACUUCCAUGUAUAGUCAAUCCAUUGAUAGUGUAGGAUGGUGGGAAGCUGCUUAUACUAAAAUCUCACCACUACUGAUGUCUUAGUAAAUGCUUGUGAGUCUGCUCUGUGUCAGGGACUGACAAAAGGCAUAAUUUCAAUGUUAGAGAAAGAGCAUUUCAGAGAUGCACUGAGUACUUCUCCUGACCUUCGAGAGCUUAGAUAGCAGUGGGUAUCUGAUAAUGUCUGAAGUCCAAUCACCAACAUUAAAAAAUAAAUAAAUAAAACUAGGUGGCUGAGCGUAAGCCAAAGGUCGUUUAAAGCCAGUUUACAUGGAGGAGUUGUAGAUUAAAUUUGUAAUGGGAAUGCUAAGAAAGACCGCUAGCUUAACAUAGCCGCUCAGUGCUUCCAAAACACAUUUACUUCUGAAUAGUUGUUUGUUUUCUGCAGAGCUAUGGAAUUCACUAGGUUGCAUUCAUCUAUCAGGUAGACAUGCACGUUUUAGAAGUAAAAAUUGGUUUUGUUUAAUUUUUUAAACUGACAUUGAAACUGGCAAGCUAUGUUGCUGAAAAUUGCAUUCAUACUGAGAUUCCAACUGCUUCUGUAACGAUGAGCCAGUGGCAAAAUGUUUAGAAUCAGAGCGAAUUUCCAAAAGCAUCUGGUUUUGGUAUAGUUCUGCUUUUUGGGGGUUUAGUAGCAGAGAGCAGAGUUAUGCCAAACUAUUUUAAAAAGUAUUUUCCUUGUCCUUCAUAUGGAUGAAACAGAAUUUUGUCAGCAUCUCAUUUUUAAAGUGGGAUUUUGAUAUCUUCAGUAACUCUUCAUCAUUUUAUCCUCACAGCUGCGGAUGUUUUCUGAAUCUGUCUUUAAACCCCAGCAUGCAUUUCCCACACUCUCUUUCUUUGGGAAAAAGAUGAGAAAGAUAUCCAGAAUUCUUUCCAAGUUAUCUCAAGUUUCCACUGACCACCCAUCGAAACAGGAAACAUGUUGAUCCACUUUUACUCGUUUCUUAAAUGACAUGCACCUUAUAUCUUGAAGUAAAGCCAUCAAGCACAGUGAUAAUAAUUGUAGGAAAGCAGUUCUUACAAAAGAAUCGGGGUAAUAAUUAAUAGUCUGACAUAUUAGUACUUCAUGGUUCCUCCUUGUAACAUUUCCCCUGUGAUUUAUUCAGUUCCUAGUCUCCUUUCCCCUUGCUCCAGGCAUAUUGUGCCAUUGUUUUAGGCAGAUUCUGACAAGGAUGUCUGUUUAACACUUGACAGCACAAUGUGUCCUGGUGUAUUCUCUCCCCUACUCUUACCAAAAGAUAUUUACACUUUGUUUAUCAUUGUUUGAGUGUACAGAAUUUUUCAUAAGUUAUACAGAAAAAAAGGCUCGUGAUUGUGUUAUAUAUUCCGUAUUUGAAAACUAUGCAAUGUUUAUCUAUAAAAAUGUAAAAAGGAACUAGUGUAUAUUUUGUAAUAUAACUUUUCCAAUUGUUUGUAACUGUGUAUACCGUGUAUUACGGAGGCUGUCGCCUCCAUCAACGGGUUACGUAAGGAUUGUGAGCAAUGCAGAGACAGUUUUCUUAAAGUAAAGACAUAAAACACCCACAUACUUUCAUAAUAUGGCUUAAUGCACAAGGAUCUUGAAUGCUGCUUUUCUAAAUUAUUAGAAUUUUCUGUAAUGAUGGAUUUUGGAAAGACGAGAUUUCUAAAAUACUUUUUUACACUCUUAAACACUGCAAUCUUUCAACUGUCCUGAGGACGGUAUGAGGCUUUAUACUUUGUCUUGAAUAUUCUUCUUGUCUGUCCUCAUGCAUUGAAUGUAAAAAUAAAGAGAAGUUUUAAAAAAAGGCCUUUUCAUAAGAUCUGUUUAUAUACAUAUCACAGAAGCUUGCUAAAAAAUAAGUAUGAAGACAAGUUCUAGUCUGAGCUGAUGCGAUGUACAAAAACCGAGGCUGGCGACAAACACUAAA